AUGUGUGGGAUUUGGCUUUUGUGCGGUUUGCAUUCAUAUGAAUCUUUACAUAGAAAUGAUUGUUUUACAAAAAUAUCACACAGAGGUCCAGAUGCCUGGAGAUUGGAAAUGGAUUCCAGAAUGAAUAAUAUAAUAUUGGGAUUUCAUAGAUUAUCGAUUGUCGAUGGACUUCACGGUAUGCAACCUAUGCAAAUUCACAAAUAUCCAUUUUUAACAUUGAUGUGUAAUGGAGAAAUUUAUAAUAAUAAAAAAAUCGGUGAAGAUUUUGGUUUCGAAUAUGAAACAAAAUGCGAUGUUGAAUGUAUAAUACAUUUAUAUGCAAAUGGAGGAAUUGAAAAUGUUGUUAAAAAUCUUGAUGGUGUCUUUUCUUUCAUAUUGAUAGAUGCUAAGGAAAAAAUGAUUCACAUUGCUCGUGAUCCAUAUGGAGUCAGACCUUGUUUCAUGCUUAAAACAAAUAUGGGAAUUUUUGGAGUUUGUAGCGAAGCAAAAGGACUUAUUUCUCUGGAGCCUGAGUUAAAAGGUGCAAAAUGGGAAAUUAAUCCAUUUCCUCCUGGUUGUUUCGAAUCAUAUGAUGUUGAUGAUGAGGGGAGGUUGACGAUAAAAUUACACAAACGUUAUUACGAAAUAGGAAUCAGCAAACCUGGAUUCAACACAUUUGUCCCAUUACAAGAUUUGGAUGCAAAAAGCAUGAAAGAAAAUAUUUGUCAUCUUUUAACGGCUGCAGUGGAAAAAAGAUUAAUGUCGGAUAGAAGAAUAGGUUGCAUGUUGUCAGGUGGUCUUGAUUCGAGUUUGGUAGCAGCCCUUUUGGUAAAAGCAGCUAAAAAACAUAAUAUUCCAUACAAAAUUCAGUCGUUUUCCAUCGGUAUGGGAAAUUCUCCGGAUAUUUUAGCAGCGAGACAAGUAGCAAAACAUAUAGGAACCGAACAUCACGAAGUUAUUUUCACGGAAGAAGACGUAUCGAAAGUUUUGGAUAAAGUUAUACACACGUUGGAAACUCCAGACAUAACGACGAUACGAGCGUCAGUCGGUAUGUACAUAUUAUCAAAAUACAUAAAAGAAAAAACGGAUUCGACGGUUAUUUUCAGCGGAGAAGGAGCAGACGAAAUAGCUCAGGGAUACAUUUAUUUCCGUGACGCUCCAGAUUCCAUUUCCGGUCACGAAGAAAGCAUAAGAUUACUUAAAGACAUUUAUUUAUUCGAUGGUCUUAGAGCGGAUAGAACAACGGCUGCACAUUGUUUGGAAUUACGACUUCCGUUUUUAGAUCUUCAAUUUUCUUCAUAUUAUUUGAGUCUUCCGGCAGAAGUCAGGCAGCCAUUGAACGGAGUAGAAAAACAUUUGCUGAGAAGUUGUUUUGAAAAUUUAAAUCUCAUUCCGAAUAAUAUUUUAUGGCGUCACAAAGAAGCUUUCAGCGAUGGCGUGACGUCAGUGACGAAAUCAUUAUUUCAAAUAAUACAAGAAAUAAUUGACGGAAGAAUAUCGGAUGAAGAAUAUAAUUCCUCGUCGUCGAAUUCAUAUAAUUUUUGCCCACCAAAAACAAAAGAAGCAUUUUAUUACAGGAAAACAUUUGAAAAAAAUUAUCCGGGUCAUUGUGAUAAAUUCAUGAAAUAUUAUUGGAUGCCGAAAUGGACGGAUGUUAAAGAUCCAUCGGCGAGAUUUAUUUCUCAUUACGCUCCUGAAAAUUCGGAAUAA